AAUAACACUAUUUGUAUUUAUACUGUGUGACACCGCGAUCAAAAUGCAAGUGAAAAAUUAAUGUUUAUUUCACAUAUUAAGGAAAGGUAACUUCAUGAAUUAUCUCUGAAGUAAUUUUUCAACUUAACGACUCUGUAAAUAAUCAUACAGAAAGAAAAAAAAGCCCACGCUGAUUUUCUUGCCGGUUCUUCUGAGCACAAGGUCUCCUGCCGUAGAUUUACGAACCGAUGAGUGCUUGUAACAGACUAAUCGGAAUAAAUGAUUUUGAUUAUGAGUUUUAUACACCAAAUUGUUUUAUUUGCAGCCGUUCGGAACUAAUACUCGUAUGUAUAAACAUAUAUACAUUUCAACCAUUUAUUAUUUUUUAUAAAAAGAACAAGAAAAUUGGAGUUACUGCUUCUGAAUAUCAGCUGUGGCGUUAUGCAGGACGACCUCUGCGGUAGGUCCCCGUGUCUAUAUAAAGAGGUGAGCGCCACGGCGUCCCUCAUUCGCCUUCUGCAAGGGGUUGAAACAACAAGUAUAGUAUUGAUAGUAUAAGACAAACAGACUGAUAAUUAUUACAAUAAAUAUAAGUGCCACUUUUCCCCCGUCAAAAUGGGGAGGAGUAUUAGUUUGAGAUUUUGUGCUUUAUUAGUAAUUUCCGUUUUAUGGAAACCAGCCUUAGCCGACAAUAAAUGCUCAUUAGGAUGUAAAGGAGGUUCCACGACGACUUUUUUGACCGGCCACAAGUACAACUAUGGAGUUGAAGGCACCGUCUCUAUCUACCUGACUGGAGCAGACAAGCAGGAGACCAGCGUGAAACUCCUUGGACAAGUCACCGUUACCUCUAUUGGCAACUGCGUCAACGAGCUUAAAGUGCAGAACCUUGUCAUAUCAGGGCCUGAUGGGAAGAAAUACUCAAGCCCUCCUGGCAUCGACAAGCCUGUCCUCUUCACACUGCAAGACGGCAGGACCGGCUCUGAGAUCUGCGCCGAGGAACAGGACACGCGCCGUUCCCUCAACAUCAAGAGGGCCAUCAUCUCCCUGUUGCAGACCGAGCAGAAAUCAUCUACUCAGACUGAUGUAUUCGGAGUGUGCCCCACCGACGCCUCUUCCUCGAAGGAAGGUGGUGCUGUACUGGUGCACCGAACCCGGGACCUGUCCAACUGCGGAUACCGCGAGCAAGGCAAGAAUGAUCUCGUCACCGCCGUCUUCAAUCCUAAUUCUGAAAUCAAGAGCUCCCAAGUCCUCCAGUCGGUGCUCAACGUGGAGUCCAAGGUGAACAACGGCAUCCCGGAGAAGGUGGCCGCCAACGAAGAGUACCUCUACAAGCCCUUCUCUGUCGGGGAGAAUGGUGCCAGGGCUAAGGUGCACACUAAGCUGACUUUGACUGGCAAGGCUCAGGGCGGCGCAGCAGCGAACCAGUGCAGUGAGACCCGCAGCAUCAUUUUUGAGAACCCUCACGGUGUUAAGGCUUCCGCCAGCAACUUCAACACUGCCUUAAAUGCCGUCAAGGAGACUGCCAAGUCUUGCGGCAAUGAAGCCAAUUCUAAAUCUGCCGGCCUCUUCGCUCAACUCAUCAGGAUUAUGCGCUCCACCAGCAAGGACGAUUUGGUAAAGAUCUUCAAUCAAGUCAAGAACAACAAAGUCGAGAAACGCGUGUUCCUUGAUGGUCUAUUCCGUGCCGGCACCGGGCCCAGCGUGGAGGCAUCAGUGAUUCUUCUGAAACAAGGCCAGUUCAACAAGAUCGAGGAGGAAAUCUUCUAUCUCACUCUCUCUGGCGCCAGACAUACCACCAAUGAUGCUGUUAAAGCUGCCGCUGGCUUAGUAGACCGUGCUCAAAGCAAAAAAGUGUACAUCGGCCUGGGAGCUCUCGCGGGCGUUUACUGUCGCGAACACAACUGUCAUGGAGGAGGCGCCAGUGGUGUUGCUGAUUUGAGCCAGAAAUUUGGAGCUAAACUCAAUUGCCGUGCUAAAGGCAAAUCUGCUGAAGAUGAGGCUGUAUUCAUCCUGAAAGGCAUCCGCAACAUCCGUCAUUUGGAGGACAGUCUUAUUGACAAAGUGAUUCGAUGCGCCAACGAUCCUGGAGUCAAACAACGCGUCCGAGUCGCCGCCUUAGAAGCCUACACUGCUGACCCAUGCUCGUCUAAGAUCAAGAAGAGCGGCAUAGACAUAAUGAAGAACCGUCAGCUCGACUCCGAGAUCCGUAUCAAGGCGUACCUCGCCGUGAUCGCGUGCCCCUGCGGCGGGUCCGCCAACGAGAUCAAGAAGAUGCUGGAUUCUGAGCCCGUUCAUCAAGUGGGUCGUUUCAUAACGUCGUCUCUGCGCCACAUCCGCGCUUCCACCAGCGCUGACAAGCAACUCGCUCGCCAACACUACUCUCAAAUCCGCACCCCUAACAAGUUCAACGUUGAUGACAGGAAAUACUCCUUUUACCGUGAGGCUUCGUUCAACGUAGAUGCCCUUGGUUUGGCCGGCAACGUAGAAGAGACCGUGAUCUACUCUCAAGAUUCAUUCCUGCCGCGUUCAGCUGCCUUCAAUCUCACCGUGGGAAUGUUCGGACACUCCUUCAAUGUUUUAGAGAUCGGAGGUCGUCAAGGCAACCUGGACCGCGUAGCUGAACACUUCUUCGGUCCUCGUAGUGCGAUCAGAACCAAGCAGCCCCAAGAACUCGUCGACGAGAUCAUGAAGACAUAUGAAGACGCCAAGAAGGAAACUGACGCUCAUCUCAGAGGGCGCCGCUCCGUCAAAGCUGAUGUCGACAACUUUGACAAACACUUGAAGGAUGAAGCAGAGCCGUACAACAACGAACUGGAAUUAGACCUGUACCUGAAAAUGUUUGGCACUGAUGCCCUGUAUCUUUCGUUUGGCGACGAGAAGAGCAUCGACAUCCACCAGCUUAUCAAGCAGCAUCUGCAGAUGGGAGACAAGGUUUUGAACGACCUCAAGAACUUCCAAUAUGAACUCCGCACCAAUCUCCUAUUCCUGGACGCCCAGCUAGCGUACCCCACAUCGACCGGUUUUCCACUAAAACUCGACCUGGUUGGUUCAGCGACCGCUCGAGUCGAUAUCGGCACCAACGUCGACGUUCGACAGAUCAUUCGCAGCCCACAAAACGCUAAAAUCGACAUCAAACUCAUCCCAAGCACUGACAUCGAACUCUCCGGUCUCUUCUUAGUCGACGCAGACGCUGUCGCUACUGGACUCAAAGUCAUUACCAACCUCCAUUCCUCAACUGGAGGUCAUGUCAUCGCUAAAGUCUUAGAAAACGGCAACGGCUUCGACCUCCAAAUGGGACUCCCCAUCGAGAAGCAAGAAAUAUUGACCGCUUCCAACGAUUUAGUCUACUUUACCACCGAAAAGGGACAACUCGAGAAACAUAUCGCUAUCAAGACCGACGUUGCUAGGAAGGAAUACUCCGCGUGCUUUGACCAACUGUCUGGAAUGCUCGGUGUAACUGUCUGCGGGGAACUCUCCAUACCGUUCUCUGUCUCUGGUCCCGAUGCUCAAGCCUCCGUUUCCAAGUUCUUCGCUCGUUAUCCGCUAACUGGAGCUUCUAAGGUGAAACUGGUUCUUGAAAAGAACGAUCUUCGUGGAUACCACGUCAAGGGCGUUUACCGUGUCAGCCCUGAGAGGCGAAACUUCGAACUGUUAUUCGAAGCUGAAGGAUCAAAGAACCGCCGCACCCAAAUCACCGGAGAAUUGGUAAACAACAAUGACGAAAAGUCAAUCAUACUGUCUUUGGAUUCCCCCAUCAAAACGUUGUAUGGCCAAGCUUCUCUGUACACCUCAUCUUCCCAAUAUGCUGUUCUCCUGAAAGGAAAGAUGGACCAUGCCGUAUACUAUGCCAAGGCUGGUUUCACUGUCCAAGGCAACGACAAACGCAGUGUGUUCCGACCCAUCAUUGAAUACGAGUUACCAGAACAAGGCGGUAAGAAGUCCAUCAAAGUAGAAGGUGAAAUCAUCAGGGAGAUUAGCCCACCUGUCACAAAAUACACUAUGCAAGGAGUGAAACUGCACCUUCCUAAUGCUAAAGACGUAGUAGAUAUUAAUGGCCAAUACAGCCAGUUGCCCAAUGGCAUGGAACUCGACCUGAAGGCGAAACAAGGAGACUACAAUUGCAUGUUGAGCGGUUCUCUGAAGGGACACGAUGCCAAACUAGAGCUCAGGAAUAAUCUCAACCCAAAUGUUAACUUUAAACUCAACGGACACUUCGAAUAUGGAGACACGAUUCACAACGACGUUGACCUUAUUUAUGGCGGGGACCUCACGGACUCACAGAGCCGUAUCAUCUUUAACCAACUCCUGAAAUACCACGUGGAGUCCUCAGACAAGUACAACAUUAUCACUAAGAACAAAUUCGAAAUCCAAGCUCUCCCUCUGAAGGUCAAAGUAGACGCUGAGGCUGACCCAAGGAAACUCGACAUCGACAUUGAAGGCCAGUACUUCGAGAAGAAGGGAGAAAUAAAACUCGACUCCAGAACUCAAAUCAAGAAGGCCGGAGACUACUCCGUCAAGCUAUCGACUAAAUUUGACACCCAAGGAUUUGAACUUGUCGCUAAGAGAGACAUCGUUUCGGCCGACAAAUCAAACUUGGAGAACUACAUUCAGAUCAGGAAUGUUGGAAAGUACGAGUUGUCUGGUGUCGUUUUGCACAGAAAUAAGCCAAAUGACAUCAACGUUGGUGCUAUCGGCCACCUGAAAAUCUCCGCUGGAUCAAAGAGUGAGGAUGUCAAAUUCGAUAUCGGAGUUAUCGAGAAUCCCAAGCUAUACUCUUCUCACGCCAAAGUGUCAUACUCUAAGGGUGACUUCUUGGAUUACUUGCUGAAGAUCACUCGUGGUGCGAACCCCACAGGACAGCUGAAACUCAUCCUUAAGGACUCCGUCGCCGCUAAUGGACAGUUCAAGGUCACAGACAGUGACGGCAAAGGCAACGGAAUGAUAAUCGUUGAUUUCAAGAAGUCUCAACGCAAAUUGAAGGGUGACGUGAAGUUCGUGGUUAAAGACCCCGUAUACAACGCGGACGUCGACAUCUAUCUUAACUUUGAGAAGGACAAUAAUGACAAGAUCCACUUCAGCACCACCAACAAGAAGACCGACAAGCUCCUUGAGACCAAGAACAAGCUAGAAUAUGGCGGACAGAAAACUGAAGUGAAUGUGCAUCUGGACGGCUCUCUGCAAGGCAAAUCCCACGCUAAUGUGGAAGUAGUCCUGCCUACUGAAAGAUGCCUCUCCAUGAAACUCGACAGAGAUAUCAGCUCUAAGGACAGUGUAUACAACGGCCAUGCUGAGUUGGUUCUAUCAGACGCUGUAAAGAGAGGAGGAGCUGCAUCCAAACUGGUGUAUAAAGCGAAGAUCGUGAACGGAGACUUGGAGAAGAGCCUCUACCACUACGAGGGACAAGUGGAAGUCCAUCUCAAGGACGGCAAGCAACUGCAGAACGCAUUCGUUGUAAAGAACCAGCCCGAAGGAGAGAAGUUCAAGUUCUACUUCAAGAGCGAUGUCAGCGGCAACAUGAUGCCUAAACCAGCUUCCUUAUUGGCCGAUGUCCUAUACGCUGAUUCUGAUGACCGCAACUUCUUCACCGAUGCCAACAUCCUGCUGAAGGGCAACUUUGGCGACGAAUACAGCUUCGAACUGCGCGAUGACACCGCUGCAGUUAUCGGCGACAGCCAUAGCGUUAGACACAUCUCCAGAUACGAUGAAAACGCGACGCUGACUAUCCGCCUGCCUUUCGAAAACUACCAUGACGUAAAGGUUAACUUCAACUUCUUCAUGAUGGAAACAGACAAGGAUUACAUCGAGUUCAUGGUGACACAGUCAUUACAAGUAAACGCAGACGCGUACAAAGUGGUAUCUAGCGGUAGUGUUGGAGAGAAGGAUGGCCAAGUAAAAGUCAAGCUGCAAGUACCACACAACGAGCCUUUCGUUCUUGAUACUAGCUACAAGGCUGAAUUUGAAGGCGAAAAGAAGUUCGCCAGCGCUGAAGUGAAGUCUCAGUACGGCAAGGGUAAAUCUGCUUCCGUAGCGGUUGAAGCCACCUCGCAGAACCAGGAGUACAACAUCGUGAUUCGCGGCAACGCACCUCAGGCUGAAAAACUCAAGAAACUGGAGCUGAGCGUGCUUACCAAGAGGCCAACCCCCGAUACAGUAUCAUCAGUAGUAGUAGUAGACGCUGAUGGACGCGUAUACAAAUCUGAAUCCCUCGUGGUCUACUCCAAGACCAACCCAGUGCUUGACAUCAAGUACUCUAGCCCUAGCCAGCCGCAACCCAGCAGAUUGUUCUUGAAGGGCAACUCCUUGAGCUCGACCCAAGGCAAGAUGGAAAUCAAGAUUGAAAACGUUCGCGACAUCUCCAUGGACAUUGUGAGUGAAGUCAACGUGCAGAAAGACAACAUGUUCUUGAAGUUGCAAGCCAACUCUGAGAAGUUCGGCCUCAAGAACUACAAAGUGGACAUCUCAAGCAAGGACUCUGGAAGCGGCAAGCGCCUGGAAUUCAACGCGGUUAACGACAACAAGAACAUUUUGAGCGGAAGCACCUCAUUCAUCAGCAAACAGGAAGGCUCCAAGACCAUCGUCGAAGGCUCUGGCUCCGUUAAAGUCCGUGACGAACAGAAGUCCGCCAACUUCAAGUACAUCCGUACUGUCCUCACUGAAGGAAGCGAGCAAGGCGUUGAGACAUUCUUGAACGUGGCCAUCGGCGAACGCAGCUAUGUUGCGGAAUCCCGUGUCACCAAUCUCGAAUACAAGACCUCAUACGUUUACUGCGAGGAGAAGAAGCAGUGCGCCAACGCUGAACUGCAUUCCAAACUGAACGUACAGAAACCAGGCAUUGUCCAACACACUCUCAACGUAAUCUUCGACCUGCGUAAGCUUGGCGUAGCGCCGGAGUUCGGAUUGGAGGUGGUGAGUGAGGCGGGAGAGGGCCGGCUGCCGACGCUGUCGCUCGACCUGCACGUCGACAAGGACCACCGCAAGUACCACCUGCAGGUGUACAGCAAGCCCGUGCAUGGACGUUUCCCCGCCGGCAUUAGCAUCACCCUACCAACCCGUGUGAUGGCGAUUGAAUCAGUAGUGUCAUACCCCACGGACAAGGCGAUGCCGUUCCCGAUUCGAGGAGAACUAACCCUUCAUCCGGACAAGAAUAAGCCCCAGCUCAAAUCCGGCGCCAGAAUCUUGGUAGACGUCACUGGAAACGAGCAGGAACACACCGCUUUUGCAGAGAUUGGAUUCAGCCACCCGAAACUUGGCAAGGAAGCACUGAUGAAGGUUCGCGCUAAGCUCAACACUCAGGAUAAGAACGGUUUCAAAUAUGAAUCUGGCGCAUCCAUCUCCCACCCAAGUCUUGGAGACCGCGAGAGCAAAAUGCUGGUCGAGUUCAACCCAACACAUGCUAAAAUUUACAUCGAAACUCCCCUCGUGAAAGUGAUCGACGUAGAAGGAUCGGCGACAGUGAAGGAAGGCCUCCAACAAGGCAACCUGAAGUUCAGCCUGCUGGAAGGCAAGCCGGUACAGGUGAUGGCCAUCGUGCGCGACUACCAAUACUACGAGUUCACCACAGGUUAUAGCGACGAAUCCGGCCGUAAGCUGUCCAUCAUCGGUCACAUUGAACCAGAGAAGCGCGUCGAUAUCAGCGCAGACAUCAUCCUCGGUGGAGACAAGAAGAACAUCGUCCACGGUGCCUUGUUCCUGCAGGACAACCUUGUAAAGAGCGACUACGGCAUCUCCAAGGAGAACUUCAACUACUUCCUUAACGCACUGAAGAAGGAUUUGGAAACCCUAGAAGGCCGGGUGAAACAACUGGGAGAUAGGGCCAGCGAGGACUUCAAGAACACGCUGAAGAGAGUAAAGCCGACCUACCAGAAGUUGGAGAACGCCUACAAGGAAGAUCUGAAGAAGAUCUACCAGGAAGUCGCCAACGACCAAGUUCUCAAGGAGAUCUCGGAAUCAUUAAACCACAUUGUUAAGUACAUCGCUAAGAUCGUCGAUGACGUGCUGCAAGCCACUGAACCCGUCAUCGACAAAAUCAAGAAUGCCGUCGUUGAGAUGGCCGAGAAGGUCGAAGAAAUGUACAAGAAACAGUUGGAAGGUCAGAUCAAGCAGCUGUACAUGACAAUGGCCGCCAUCAUCAAGGAAUACUUCGACGGUUUAUUGGACGUGGUCGCUCACUUCGCCGCACUUGUGUCAGACUUCUUUGAGAAGCACAAGGCAGAACUACAAGAACUUACCAACACCAUUGCUGAGAUAUUCAAGGACUUGACUCGCCUCAUCGUGGCUCAACUGAAGGAGUUCCGUGUGAAAGCCGGCGCGUUCAUCGAGGAAAUUUCCAAGCAAAUCAAGGAACUGCCCAUCUUCGAAAUAAUAAAGGAGAAAUACGGAGAGCUUGCGGUGCCAGAUAUGGUCCUGGAGGUGAUCGCCAAGCUCCAAGAAACUGUGCAGCAACUACUGCCCACUCAGGAAGCCAAGGACUUCUGCUCAGCGCUGUACAAGUAUCUCGAAAAGAAACGUCAACACCAGAAGGUGGACGAGAACACAGAACUGCGAGUAUUGUACCAGAAGCUAACUCGAGCCAUCACAUCGCUUGUUCAGUUUGCGCGUACGCAACUAUCGCAGUUCGGCGUGCCCAGUUUCGCUAGCGUCAAUCCCUUCGUAUUGUUCACGUCACCGGGCCAGUUCGGUCCGAUGCCAUCACUGAGCAGCACGGCUCCGUCCUUCAGCAUUCUAAACCAGAUCAUCAAUGGCGACGUAGAGGACCCCAUGAAGAUCAUCAACGCUUACAGGCCUAGGAGCAUCAAUCCACUCGACGAGUUCCCCGCUAAACUCCGCGCGGUAAUAGUGAACGGCCAACACAUCUUCACAUUCGACGGCCGCCACCUCACGUUCCCUGGAACAUGUAGAUACAUCCUCGCGCACGACUACGUGGACAGGAACUUCUCCCUGGCUAUUCAGCUUCAAGCUGGAGCGCCCAAAGCGUACAUCCUGGUCGAUAGAAGCGGCAGGACUGUGGAGAUCAAGGAUAACGGACAGGUCAUCCUGGACGGCCAAGCUCACGGAUUCCCUGUGGUAACCAAGGAUUUGAUGGUUCUCAGGGAACCCAACGGCGCCAUCAGCUUCGGUUCUAAAGACAACAUCAUGGUCAAAUGUUCACAGAAUAAAUUCGAAAUUUGUUACGUAGAGGUGUCUGGGUUCUACCUCGGCAAACUGCGUGGUCUUCUCGGAGACGGCAACAACGAGCCUUACGAUGACUUCAGGAUGCCAAAUGGAAAGAUCACCGCAUCCGAGUCGGAAUUCGGAAACGCAUACAGAAUGGCAUCGAGCUGUCCUCAAGUGAAAACUCCCGAACAUUCUAUGCAUCAAAUGCACGCCACUAUGCCACCGGCUUGCGAGCAAGUGUUCGGUGUUUCCUCGCCGCUCAGACCGCUUUCUAUAUUCUUGGAUGUACAUCCGUUCAGACAAGCCUGCAUUCACGCAGCAUCGGGCGAAGGCGAAGCAGCAUUACAUCAAGCUUGUGACCUCGCGCGCGGAUACGUCGCACUAGCAGUCAGCGGGCUACUACCCGCCAUAAUGCCGCCUGCCUGCGUUCGCUGCAUCGACGCCGAUACUCCUCGUAACCCGGGAGAUACUUAUGAACUGAAACUGCCUAACAAGCAGGCGGAUAUCGUGGUCGCUGUGGAGACUACUGUCGCCAACGAGAAUGCGUUCAAAACACUGGUAGUGCCUCUAGUGUCGCAACUCGUCGACAACCUGAAGAGCAAGAGAAUUACCGACAUCAAAGUCCACGUGGUCGGAAUCACCUCUUCAGUUCCCUACCCGCUCAUCUAUGACAGUGAUGUAAAACUGAAGAACGCGAAGGUACAAUUCACCGACAAGACCCGCUACCAGAAAAUACCGAUGAUCGAAACGCAAUGCCCACAGUUUAACGAUGCUUACAAAAAAACAGCGUCUGUUAUCGAUUACCUGAUGGAGGCAUUCGAGUUAACAAACACCGACGCCGGCUACCGUGCCCUGUCUGACAUACCUCUUCGUCCUGGUGCCGUGAAACACUCCGUGUAUGUAGUCGGAGAACACUGCAGGAGCGACAUGUUCCUGUUGGAAGCUAUACGUGCAUUCAUCUACAACAUCUACUUGGAGGAAAAUGCACACACUACUUCGCUAGUCACCGUCACCUCCGACCUCAAGAUCGGCAGCGGCAAGAACCCAGCGCAAAUCAUUGGUUUCUCUGAGCGAUCUGUAUUGAUGAUGGGUGACAAGAAGCUGGGCAAAGACUCGGAAUCGUUGCGAUCCACGGUCGAAGUUAAGGAUGACGCCUGCGUUGAUGCCAUACAAGCAAUCGGCGGUUACACCUUCUCCUCAAGCAACUUCGCCGCCAUGAAGGCCAACGAACAGAAGCAGUUCAUCCAAUCAGCAGCCAACGUGCUGGUGCAAGGAAUGAUCCGAUACACGCGCGUACAAGAAUGCACCUGCUCGUACUCGAGUCCGUUCCAAGUGCGCUCCUUCUGCAUCAACAAGGAGAUGAAGGAAGUCGCUCGCAGACGGAAGUAAACAAAUCAAGUUACUAAGUAAAGGACUCACCUGUGAUUAUGUGUGCCAUCAAAAUCUAAACGGAGGAAUCCAACUAAAAUAAAUAGUCGCCUUUGUAAAUUCCAUCCCUUGCAGACUUUACCACCUCCUCAUUUCAUUCGCACAAUACUGUACCAUUUAUUUUAGUUGGGUUCUAGAUUAUGGUAGAUUUACUUUCCAACGGCGUAAAGCCAGAAACAUAUUAACGUGUCGUGUCGUGUCGUGUCGACGCUUUAACAUCUCUAUCUCUCUCUAACCCAUAAUAAAUGUAUGAAACCGAUGCGCCACGUCAUGCCACGACACGUUAAUAUGUUUCUGGCUUAACACUGACGCCGCUCCUACUCGCCUAAUUUUCAUUAUCAUUCGCAUAACUUGUUACUAGUAUUUAUAUCGUUAUGUCGAUUUCAUCAUGAGAUACUGAAUUUGUAUUAGAAAUAAACAAUUAUGUUAUUAAACUUUAUUUACUGUUUUUAUUUCUACUCCUCUAAAUAA